GAGAGCGCCAGGGCUCCCGCCUUUCGGGUACGCCUCGCGGGCAACCGGCAGCGCGAGAACGAGGGCCGCGUGGAGGUGUUCUACAACAACGCCUGGGGCACCGUGUGCGACGACGAUGUGGACCUGAACCUGGCCACCGUCGUGUGCCGAGAGGUGGGCUUCGAGCGAGGUCUCACCUGGGCGCACAGCGCCAAGUUCGGGGAAGGACAAGGCAUAAUCUGGCUGGACAACGUGCGCUGUGUCGGCACUGAGCGGUCGCUGGGCGAGUGCCGCUCCAACGGCUGGGGGGUCAAUGACUGCACGCACGCCGAGGACCUGGGCAUCAUCUGCAGCCGCGAGCGACGCUCCAACUCCCCGCGGCGCACGGAGCAGCCGCCACCUGCCGCCCCCCCGGCCCCGCUGCCCGACCGGCCCCGGAGGAGGGGCCACGAGAUCGCCCUGCAUCGGAGCCAGGGCUCGCCGCGGCAGGGGACGAACAACCAGGGCCCCCUGGAGCGCCGGGGCCACGACAUCCAGCUGCGGGGGGGCUACGAUAACGCCCUGUCGCGGGGUUAUGAGCACCGGCCGCCGCGCGGACACGAGAUCCCUGCCAGGCUGGGGAACGGCGGCUCGUACCGGCAGACCCACGAAGGGCAAUUUGUUACUGCAAUGUUGCACUGGGGUUAUCGUGUGUCAUUGCAGCAAUGUUGUGAGAACAUUACGGUGAAUAACGGAGCUGAGUCUUUUCACCCUCAGGGGCAGAAUAAGGUGAGUCUCGAGGAGGUGAGGCUGAAACCCGUCCUGACGGCCACUAGGAGCAAUGGCUUGGUGACGGAGGGCGUGGUGGAAGUGAAGCACGCUGGGAGGUGGCGUCACGUGUGUGACCGGGGCUGGGACCUCAGCAGCAGCCGCGUGGCCUGCGGCAUGCUGGGAUUCCCCGCAGCGGAGCAGCAUGAUGUCGCCCUGUACCGAAAAGCAUGGGAUACGAAGAUGGCUGAUCCAUCCACUAGGCUCAGCACCUUGGCCAGUAAGAAGGGCUACUGGGUGGAGAAGGUGAACUGCAAGGGCACGGAGAACGGCCUGGCUCAGUGCCACGCCCAGCUGUCCAUCCCGCGGCAGGACACGCCCUGCCUGAACGGCAUGCACGCCGUGGCCCGCUGCGUCCUGGGGGCCCAGUUCUCCCGCAUGUCCGGGAGGUCCCAGCAGCCCUACGUUGUGCAGCCAGUGGUGCGGUUGAAGGCAGGACCCCGUCUGGGUGAGGGGCGAGUGGAGGUGCUUCGGGAGGGGAAAUGGGGCACGGUGUGCGACCACCUCUGGGACUUGACCGCCGCCAGUGUGGUGUGCAGGGAGCUGGGGUUCGGCACUGCCAAGGAAGCCCUGACCCGCGCUCACAUGGGCCAAGGGACGGGCCCCAUCCACAUGAACUCGGUCCAGUGCACCGGGAGAGAGCGCUCCAUCAUGCAGUGCCAGUACCAGGAGGUGCAGGUCAGGACCUGCAGACACACGCAGGACGCGUCCGUCCGCUGCAACGUUCCCCAGACGGGCCUGGAGGCCACGGUGCGGCUGGCCGGGGGGCGUGAGCGGGCUGAGGGCCGCGUGGAGGUGCUAAUGGACGUGGGUGGGCAGAGGCGAUGGGGAUCGGUCUGCAGUGAGAACUGGGGCAUCAACGAGGCCAUGGUGGUGUGCCACCAGCUGGGCUUCGGGUUUGCCUCUCGUGCCCACCAGGAGACGUGGUACUGGCCCGGAGACCCCAGUGCCAGCGAGGUGCUUCUGAGUGGGACCCACUGCGUCGGGACCGAACUCUCCAUCCAGCAGUGCCGCAGGAACGGCCAGGUGUACUGCCCGCGGGGAGGCGGAACCAGGGCAGCCGGGGUCACCUGUGUGGAGACGGCCCCUGACCUGGUGCUGGACGCCCAGCUGGUCCAGGAGACGGCCUACCUGGAGGACCGGCCGCUGCACCUGCUGACCUGUGCCAACGAGGAGAACUGCCUGUCGUCCUCGGCGGCACGCAUGCACUGGCCCUACGGACACCGCCGCCUCCUGCGCUUCUCCUCCCGCAUACACAACCUGGGCCGGGCCGACUUCCGCCCCCGCGCCUCCCGCGAGUCCUGGGUGUGGCACCAGUGCCACCGACACUAUCACAGCAUCGAGGUGUUCACGCACUACGACCUCCUGACCCUGAACGGCACGAAGGUCGCCGAGGGCCACAAAGCCAGCUUCUGCCUGGAGGACACCACCUGCCCCGAUGGACUGCAGAAACGCUUUGCUUGCUACAACAUGGGGGAGCAGGGAAUUUCAGUGGGGUGCUGGGACACCUACCGCCACGACAUCGACUGCCAGUGGGUCGACAUCACAGACAUCACGCCAGGGGACUACAUCUUCCAGGUCGAGGUUAACCCCUCAUUGGACAUGGCCGAGUCUGACUUCCUGAAUAACGUGAUGCGCUGCCGCUGCAAGUAUGAUGGGAACCGGGUCUUCAUGUACGGCUGCCACACAGGAGACGCUUACAGCGCUGAGAUUGAGGACCUGUUUGAGCACCGACAGCAGAUCUCCAACAACUUCAUCUAA